ACCGUUCUGGCCCACUCGAACUUUACCCUAGGGUAAAGUCCAAGUGGGCCAGAACAUUGGGCCAGAGAAGGCUGCUUAGUAAGGGGGAAAGAAAGAGAACGAUGAAUGACGAUAAUUACGGUGAAUGAAGAAAGAAAAGAGAGGAAAUGUAAUUUGAGCGAAGGUGAUUAAGACAAGACAAAGAAAAGAAAGAGGGUAAUAAACGCUUUGUAAUAUUAAUAUGACGUAUUAACCUGAAUUGCUGAACUGAAUAGUACGUCACAUAACUUGUUACAAUCAUCUAUGCAAUAGAAGCUUCAUGUUACAAUUUUCAGCUCAACAAAGUCAAUAAUCUGUAAUUUGAUAACAAUACUUACAUGAUGAGAUCAUAGAUCAAUUGAUGAGUGAUUGGUUGAAAGACAAAGCAAAGGGUGUUGUGUUAAUCAACUCUUCAAUACAGAUAAUAGCAAGCAAUAUUGUAAUGAGGCGGAGUUGCACAUCUCCUCCUACUUUUCAAGUGAAUAAAAAGAAACAGCGAUUGCAUGUUAAAGUCACUUCUUCAUCUUCAUCAUUUUGAGUAAUUUUCGGCAUAGAAAAUCUUGAAAUUGAAUGAAAAUGAGUGGGGCAACAAUAAGCGAGGAUGAAAGAUCUGCAAUUGAGAGAUUCAGAAAUGUCAUACGUGAAGCUUUAGCGGAAAGCCCAAUGAAUAAUUUUUAUAAUAGGGUACACAUUCUAUUGUAUAACAGACAUUCUCUAUUACGGGAAUGGAUAGAGAUUUCAACAAUAAAUCAAAUACAAAGCAACAUUGAAAAUCAACAACAAUCACAAUCUCAAGGUCAACAAGAACAACAAGUACAACAACGAGAAGAACAAGAACAACAAGAUGACUCAGCAGCGGAAAUGUCUGAGUCUUUAACUGGAAACAUGAGAAGCUACAUUAGAGAAAGAGCUAAUACAUCUUCAAUGAGGUGUAGAAUAACGAGAAAUGGAGAAUGGGGCUUAGGCUUGUCACUUUUAGACCGAGAUAAUUACGUACAGUUUUUUCUGCCCCUUGAAAGAGUUCGAGAUACGGACCAUGACGCCACGGUUGAGGAAGAAGAAGAACAAGUAAGUGAUAGCGAAUCGAGCGUUUACGAUGAAGCUGUUAACCAUUCCCUCAACUUAAGGACCUCAACACCAGUGGAAAACCCACGAGAAUUGUUGAUCAAUGAAAUGGAAAGUGAUAUUGAAUCGAAUGAAACCGACGAAGGUUCCGAAGCAAAUCAACGUUUGAUACAUCAAACAAAACUGAGAGAGAGAAUAGCAAAUCUUUACAUCGUAGAUACUUCUUUUUUCCGUGUAAUAAGAACAAGAGAUGAUUACGAAAAAGGUUUGCCAUCUGAUGUCCAACACAAAAUUCCAUUGAAGGCAUCAACAACAAAAUAUUUAAUACUAAGGUCAGCUUACUUCAAGAACAUCACAGACUUAUCUAGGAUGGCGAUAGCGUUUCCAAACAUGAAGCAAAUAGAAGCAAGAAUUGAAACUUUUGAAAAACAUGAUGGACAUAUUGUAUCGCAGAUCACACCGAGUAAAUAUGCUGAGGCUGGUUUUUUCUCUUACGGUGAACAUGAUGCAGUUACUUGCUAUUUCUGCGCUGGGACAAUAGCAAACUGGUUACCAAAUGAUGAUCCCUGGCAAAUACACGCUAAUCUUUUUCCUGAUUGUAUGUAUGUUUAUCUUAAAAGAGGCAGAAACUUUAUAAGGUUACAAUUGGCUAAAGUACGUUCCAUCUCUUCAUAUGAACCGCCAAAGGAAGUUGACGAUGACAAAUCUCGUUACGAAUGUAAAAUUUGUCUAUCUGCUGAAAUAAGCGUAGUUUUUAAACCUUGUGAGCAUAUGAUAACUUGUUAUGACUGUGCAACUCAAUUCACAACAUGUCCUUGGUGUAAAUCAACAAUUUAUAGCGCUGUUAGAUGCAUAAUAUCAACUUGAAUGUAAUUUUUUGUUUUUAUAUGUGCGCAUGAAUAAAAACUUCUUACAUCAUAUUCAUUUGUCUAUUUUUCUCGCGUAUAUAAAAAGCUAACUUGAAAGGAAAUCCGUCAUUUCAUUUGCAAUCGCUAGCUACUUAAGAUGACCGCCAUUUAUAUAUUAAUUUUAUUGUUCGUUGCUUUAAUGUUUACGCUUUUUUGGACAUAUUAUUUAAUGUUAAUGAGCAAACGUUA